GAAGAAGAACCAACCCAGAAACUACAACAAGAUGGCGGAACAUGACAACACCAACGACGUUUCAGCCGCGCAGCCUUCUAAACUCUCUGACCUGCUCGAACGUGGGUGGAAGAUAUUUGAGGAGGUGGACAGCACAAACGAACCGCUCGCCUCCAGCAGCAUCCAGGUCCGAGUCAAACGCGGCAUCGGCAUGCUGGAAGAAGCGUCCUCAAUGGUGGCCCUGCUCGACCUGUUCAGCCGCAACGAAGAGCUCGAGGAGAUCGCCACGGCCGACCUCAAGUACCUGCUGCUGCCCGCGCUCUUAGGAGCCCUGACCAUGAAGCAGACCGGCCGGGACAAACGCCUGGAGGUGGUGCGAACGGCCCGGGGACACUUCAUGGACUUCCUGAAACGAUGUAAAGAGUAUAACAUGAGCCGCUUUGAACUGCCGCGCUUGACCAAUGAAAAGGAAACUCCCGACGAUGCGUCAGAAACGGGCUCGUCUACAGCCGCGGUGCCGCCUAAACCCUGCCCAUCAGAUCUGGUUUCCAUGGCAGCACAGAGGCAAGCGAAGAUUGAGCGGUACCGCCAGAGGAAGGAGCUUGAAGCCCGGCUGUCAGAUGUGAGGAAGGCUGUGGACAGCGGACAGGCCGACGAUGAAGUCAGCAGAGACUUCUACAAUCUGAAUGCCAGGAGAUGGGUGACUGUGUGUCUGGAGGAAAUAGAGAGCAUUGACCAGGAGAUGGAGAUACUCCAGCAGAUGGAUGGGCUGAAGCAGGGUGCCGCCAAGCAGCCAGCCCAGCCAGUCAGGCCUCCCAUGAAACCCUUUAUUCUCACCAAGGAUGCGGUUCAGGCUCGAGUGUUCGGGGCCGGUUAUCCCAGCCUCCCCACCAUGACGGUGGACGACUGGUAUGAACAGCACAGGCUCCGUGGAGCUAUGCCAGACCAGGGGAUUCCCAGGAGGGUCGAUGUGGAGGAGGACACAGAUGCAAAAGAGAGGGAAGAACAAGAUAAAGAGAAGAAUGCUGAAAAUGAUGAUGAGGAGUCUCUGCUCAGAGCCAGAAACUGGGAUGAGUGGAGGGACACUCAUCGCAGAGGUUAUGGAAACCGCCACAACAUGGGCUAGUCUUCAUUUCUGUUGUGAUCAGUCCAGGAAGUGGACGGACGUUGCUCACAAUUCUGAUCCUUAUGUUCGUUGGUAUGAGAAGGUCACCAACCCAAGGACCACACCACAGUAUUGCCAAAACAACCCGAUGAGUUUAUUGACACUACAGCUGAUUGCGUGCUGUUCCUCUAAGUAAUUUACCAGUUUGGGUUCAACAGUCCUUCGUUGUAUCAUUUUUUUCAGUGAGUCUUAAUAGAAAUAUAUGGCAGGAUGCGUGGAAGCCCGUGUUUCUGCUGUGUUGUGUGUUUUCCCCUUACACUGUCAUCGGGAAAUAAAGAGACUGAACAAACCA